CCUCCUCCCCCUGUAUGCAGAAAUUGAGAUGUCUUCAGAAGAGGCCAUGAGUCUAGUGGGAAGUGAGGUAAUGCCCUUGGAGUAUGGUGGCAUGGAUUCGGAGACCAGUCCGUCUCCAACUAGCUCGGAGAGGACGGUGGAGGAUAGAAGGGAGCAAAGGGUAGUAGAAGAGGAGGAGGAUGAAAUCCCCUCAAACAUUUUAGAGGCUGGGAAUGGCAUAGACGGGUGUUAUGAUCCAGAUUUAGAGAUAGUGUCUGAGGUGAGGGGGUAUGUGAGCGAAUUAGGUAGUAAGGAGAGUCUUAGGGGCCUUGUGGGUAAUUGCAACCUUCCUCACCAUGUCCUAAUUAGGCCUGCUGGGGUGAAUGAGAGGGCAUGCUCAGCACCCCGAGACCAUUGGAUGCCCCUAUACGUCCAUUAUUUAGUUGCAGGGCUUAGAUUUCCCAUUCCAGAAUUACUGGUUGGGCUAUUAUUAGAUUACAACAUAGGAAUAACCCAAUUGACCCCAAAUGCCAUAAGGGCUGGGGGUAAGGGGGAGAAGGGGUGGUAUUACUUCGGCCCUCGGUCGUCCAGCAAAGAAAAUAGGAGUUUAUUCUCUGCUGGACCGUCAUCCAUCAAAGGAUGGAAAGAAAAAUUCUUCUUUGUGGAUGACACCGAGUGGAGCAGGAGGGAUGCCGAAGUGGAACAGUUGUCUGCUUGGAAAGCAAAGAAAACCAAGCAAGACAACUAUAAGUUGAACGAGGAUGAGGUGGAAGAGGUAGGAAAGCUGGUGAGGGAAGAAGGAGACGUAGUAGAUAUCCUGUACCUCACCAGCCCGAAUGCAAUAGAGGUUGCUGAGCUCUAUGGGCCGAGCUCAUUGAGCGAAGUUGAGAUGGACGAUUUUGUAAGUGCUGUUGGAGGACUGCGCAUCCCAAAGAAGCCAAGGAAGAAGUCAACGACUUCAGCUGCGGCGAACAGAGGGGUGCCAAAGAAAGAGCGCCUGCCAAGCACUUCUGCUCGAGUGCUGGAGAUACAGCAGAGGCUAGAGCCUGCAAGGGGGAAUAGUGAGGAGGUGAGUGAGGAGGUAGCACCACUUCAGAGAAAGAAGAGGAAGGUGGCAGAACCAGAGGCGAGGGGGAAUGAGGUGACUGAGUUCGUGCCUCGCCCCUCUGCUCCUGAAAUCAAUCCUGAAGUCAGGGAGAGGGAAGAGGUCGAGGUGCGAGGCCCUGGCAGGGGCAAGGAGCUCAUCCCUCCUCAUUUGCACGAGAAGAGUCUGUUUGAGGCGGCAAACACGAUUGGGGCGAAGCACUUCCUCAACCGCACUCUCCUUGAGGUGGAUAGGUGGCGGGCGAGGGAUGAGGCGGUGAGCCGGUUAGGAGCUACUGUGGUGAGGCAUGCCCUGGAGAGUGCAAGCUGGACAAACGCUCUGGCGCAGGAGUACGCGGAGAGCUUGAGAGACUGUGCCAGCUUGCAGAGGCAGUGCGAGCAGUUGCAGCAGGAGAGGGAAGAGCUACAGAAGGGGAAAGAGGAGUGGGAGAAGGAGAAAAGGGAGAUGCAGAGGAGGCUGGACGAAGUGCUUCCUUCAGUGGCCGAGCUCCAGAACGACAAUGAUGUCUUGAGCACGAAGCUUACCCUUGAGGAACGCAAAAGGAAGAUCUGUGGGGAGAAGCUCGAAGCUCAAGACAAAUACAUUGACAAUAUGAGGAAAGGAGCGGCGGAGCUGAAGAAGAACGUGAGCCUGCUGGUGCACAACGGGAUGGAGGAGCAUAUUGACAACUUCCUCAACUCCAGCACCUUCGAGGGCAUCCUCAAGCUGUACUGGCUUCCAACGGCAAUCCUGGCCUUCACCGACUGUAGGAAGAAGGUGAAGACCCAGUACCUAGAGGUGGACGUGACAACGGUCACCUUUGGGGAACAAGAGGAAGGAGUGGAGGAGGAUGGUGAGAGUCUCUGUGCUGACUUCCGGCCUCAGAUUACUCUAAGGUGGGAGCGUGAUGCAGAGGGGCGCACCAUUUUUCCUCCAUCCUUCGACGCUGAGUUGGUGGCCAUGGAGGAAGAAGGAGAAGAAGAAGAAGGAGCGCAAGGCGCUGGAGUUGAGAAUCAGGCCGCAAUGACCGAAGUGCAGCCUCCCGAAGUGCAUCCAGUCUCCUCUGACGAGGUGCAGCAGCUGGCUCCUCCUGAAGCAGAAGUGCCACCCCUUCCUUCUGGAGACGAGCCACCUCCACCACCUCUUCCCGCUGAGGAGCAGCCUCCUCCCUCAGCAGAUUUAGCUUAGGAGUUUUUGCUUUAUUUGUUGUAAAAAUAUUUUUGUAAUUGAUUGUUUAUGAAUUUAUAAAAUUUGUGAAGUUAUUUGUGACUUGCACAUUUUAAUAUUUGUUUGCUGUUUUCUGUUUCAAGCAAAUCACUUGGGGUGAAACGAGUUGUCUUUAUCCAACGCAAGGAUCUGACUUCGGACAUCAUAAAAUGAACAGUCAAGGGAAUU